ACACAAUGACUUUGGGAUGAUGCAAGUUGUACAUCGGGAAUUCAUGAUACAGCUCUCAUUAUACAUACUUCGCACCUGGCUUUUGCACGAACAUCUACAGAAACAAAGGAAAAGUUGAAAUCUAACGUUUUAAAAAUGGGAACAGCAGCAGUCACCCAACGAGGAAAUACGGAAUAACACUUCGACCUUAUACUUCAAGAUACUCGGUCUGGAGGAAUAGAACAUCAUAGAAUCUUUGGGACGACGACAUCUUGGCAAAGACGAGCAAACAUGUCUGAUUCGAAUACUCCUGAAGGGCUGGGAAAGUCAACACAGCUGGAAGACAGUGGAGAGGGGAGUGAAAACCACGCCGAAUGCUCGGCGACGGAUGAGCCGGGAGAGGCGUUGGAUAGCACAAAACACGUUCAACUUGUAGAAACGCUGAAUUGGCUAUCGGAUAAUUACGAGCGAUCAGACGGCAUCUGUGUACCUCGAUGUGUUCUUUAUACACACUACCUGGAUUUCUGCAAGAAGCACGACUUUUCUCCAUCAAGUGCUGCAACGUUCGGAAAGAUUAUUCGACAGAAGUUUCCCAAGUUGACUACCAGGCGUCUUGGUACGAGAGGCCAAUCAAAAUACCACUAUUACGGGAUUGGCAUCAAGAGAAGUUCCAUCUACUACCAUUCAGUGUAUUCUGGCCCUGGUCUAACAAGAUUUUCAGAAAAGAAGCCUAAGAUGGAGGGAUCCAACAAGAAGUUCUCUCUUAGCUCCAAGACGGGUACUCUUCUUCCCGAGUACCCGGAUGCUCACAACCUCGUUCUCCCGCCAGAGGUCCCUUGUGAAAAGGUCGAGAUAUUCAUACUGAUGUAUCGAACUCACUCCCAACGACUGCUCGAUGUCAUCGUGUCAAAUAAUUUUGAUGAGGUUCAGAAUUUUCUUCUUCAUUUCUGGCAAGGCCUACCCCCUCAUUUGUCCUGUCUGCUGAAUUAUGACGUCAUCAUUGACGUCGUAGUACUUUGCGAUUCCAUUCUGUACAAGGUUCUCAACGACGUUCUAAUCCCAACGGUCAUCCAAGAUAUUCCCGAGAGCCUUCAAAAUGAGAUCAGAUUGUUCGCAAGAAAACUUCCAGUCUGGCUUGAGAUGUCCCUAGACCAGAUCCCAGGAGAAGUCAGGAAAAAGAAAAUGAAAGUUGUUGGAACGUUUGUUCAGAGCCUCCGACGUCAGAUGUCAUUCAUUCAUCUUGCACAGACUGCUCGAUUUGUCCUACUAAGCCACGAGUCGAUCACGGAGAUGCUGAGAGAUCUGCAAGAGAUCACGUCUAUGACAUCAUUCUAUCAUGCUGGGUUGACAGAAGAACUGAAGACUUCAUCUAAGGAAAUGCUUGCGGAAUUCGAAGCGUUGAUGAAGAAGCAAGCCCCCUUAGAAUCGUUUAUUGAAUGGAUCGACUGCGUUAUUGAUGACAGGCUUCUAAAGACGCAUGAUGAUUCGGACAUCGAUCCCUCCCAGUUCAACAGCCAAGCUUCGGAGUUCCUCAUGAAUUGGUCUUUCAUCACGGGCAAACUUAUGGCCGAGUUUACAAUGAGAGCUCUGAAGAGUUUCGGCAAGUUCCAUCUACUGAAUUUGAUGCUCCAAGAGUAUGCACUUCUGACCAUUGAGACGCAACACGAAAAGGCGGUUCAUAUUGGAUACCAGAGAAACGUUCAGCAACACAUGAAGAAAACAGCCAUUAUCAAAACGAAGGCAAUGGUGAGGACAUCGAAUCGGAAAACAGGAUCCGCCCAACCCAAUAAGGCAAAGAAAAGACGAGCAAGCACCAGUGCCAACGCACAAGAUGAUCUUGAUCCAGACCUACUGAAGAACAAACAACUACACAGUCAUGGCAGUUGUUUAAAUCACACCGAAUCAACCAGAGAUGCAUCGGGAAUGUCCUCCGAAGAUUCCAGGGACCAAGUAGGUGGCAAUCCUUCGCAGUCGUAUCCGCCGGCCUACCCCCAGAACCCGGAAGCAACCGCACCAACUAGCAACCACGUUCCCCUGCACCAAAACAUCCCAGGGCACAACUACUACAGCGACACAAACGGCGGCCAACCAGAGAGGUCAUACAACAUCCCCUACCAAAAUCAACGACCUACGCCUGAAUACGGGCACCAUAGUGUCUCUAUCCCAGUCGGUUCCUUCAGUUACCCCCAGACGACAUUCCCCAACCCCGUGGUUCCUCCACACCUUCCCCUGCCUGCCUCUUGGAACAACUCGGCGACUGGCUUCGGCGUCUACACUGAUUCACCUGGCCCGACAGCCCCGGUUCAUUACGGAAACAUGAUGCAUUUCUCGACGCCAGAACAAUCGCGUGAUUACCGCAAUUUCAAUACUCCUGGUUUCCAGCCACUCGUUGACGAUCGAACAGGGAGAUACGCUCCAACUGGAAUGAUGAUUCCAAAUAACAUGAAUAGGUUUGAAGCAGCCGAUGGUGUAGCUAGGAACCUACCGUUCCCAAGUGAUUUCCCACCCAUGCCUAAUCACUAGUCACCUGAUCAGUCAGGUUAUCAUGGACACAGAUAGUUUACGUUGAUCGAAGGGUCCAGUUACAGAUCAUGUUGCGUUGUUGCACAUAAAGAAAGUAGUACACCCAGUACUUUACUACUUAAAAAUAUCUGAAGGAGGAUUUAAAUUAUGGCAGGAUUAUGAUAAUUUCUCAGAAGGUGAUCGUCAUACCUCUUGAUUCGAUUUCAACUGAUCGACAUUUUUUUGUAUCCAUGUACUAUUUUUUUUUAGAUAAAUCUAAAAAUAUCGGGAACCAGUGACACCUUGUUUUAUGGUCUAAAAAAUAACACGGGAAAUGCCCAAGUAUCAGAGCAUGGAAGAUUAUAUACUUAUAUGAGUUGAUGAUCAUAUCUGAAGUUACCUACCGAUUGUUUUUUUUGUAAGAAUUUUCUUGAACUUCUUUAUGCCAAAUUAUGGAAUCGUUGGCUUUCCAUAGACAAGAAUAAGUUGGAUCAGUGAUUCACGAAGAUGUAUAUUAGACCGAGACUAUUGACUCUAGAGUCUAGACCAACCAUUGGUUGGUUUUGAAUCGGUUUGGUUGGCUGGACUUUAACAUUUUGUUUUCGUGUAAUGAUACAAGGGGGUCUUCGCUUCCGCAACGCGGAACAUAGAAACUUUAUUGACAUAGGCAAUUUUCGACUAUGAAAAUCCAAGAAGUCUUAAAAUAGCAGCUUAGUCCUGGACUCUGGACAAACAAAAUAUUUCUCAUAUUUCGAUAGCUCCGAAAGGUAGAACACUGUCGAACGAAACUGCUUUUUCGUUUCGCCAAUUUUCGGCAAAGACCUCCUAGCUGUUCGUUGCCAUUUGACGGACAUUUUCAAUACAUUAACUGAGUUUUAGAAUUCAUUGUGCACCGUGACAAAAGUGACGCUACUUUUGAUAAUGUCAUGAAAACCAGUAAAGACAAUUGGCUUGGUGAAGAGGCCCGAUUGUCAAGAGUGUUAUUAAAGUGAUAUUCAUUCAAUGAGAAAACAACAAUGAUCCACAACCAAAAAGUGUAAAUAUAAUCCAUUUGUUUUGUCAACAAAUGUGAGUGAAAUCUAAGUGAAUAGAAAUGCGAAUUGAUGUCAACUCC